AUUCCCUUAACUCCCCCCACCUCUUCUCCCUCCCUCCCACGUUACCCAGAAUCUCCAAUUUUCUCUCUCUUCAAACUCUCUUCACCUCCUCUCUCUACAAACUCUUCACUUUCUCUCUCUAAAAUACAUAAUAACUCUGUGUUAUUUAUUCUUCAGAAACCGUCAACCCCGAAAAUCGGCAUUUUACAUAAACACAGCUCUCAAAAACAAAUUGCGUCGAAAACAGAGAUUUUUAUUUAUUUUUUGACGAUCAACCGACAAUUUCCGAUCAAUUCAUUAAAAUAACACAACAAGAUUACAUUAAUUUCUCCGAAAUCUUCAGUGGUUGAUCAUUGGAUGGGUUUGGUUGGGAAAUUUUCCCAAUAAUUUUUUUCUACAGAGAGAAAAUGACGCAGAAACGAAAGGUGAUGACGGUGGCAGUUAUGCGGAAGUUAUUAAGUUGUGCUAUUUGUACAAUAGGAUUAUUGGCACUCUUCUCUGUUCAUGUCCCCAGAGUUCCCAAGCUUCCUGAUCCCUACAAACUCCCCACGCCACAUGAAACUAAUUUUCCAAAACUAGAGGCUGAACAGGAGCUUGUGUUUGAAAAUGCACCUCCAAAUAUAGCUAAACCUCCACUCUCUUCAAAGAAGUUGAUUGGUGCCAGUGGGUUAUUGGACUAUGACAAACUAUGGAAGAAGCCUCCUAAUCGCGAUUUUUUGCCCUGUGUUGAGCCUACAAAGUUGUAUACACCUCCUUCAGAGUCAAAUCGUUACCUGCUUGUUCAUACUAAUGGCGGUCUUAAUCAAAUGCGGGCUGGGAUUUGUGAUAUGGUGGCUGUGGCCCGGAUCAUUAAUGCGACUCUUGUGAUCCCAGAACUUGACAAGAGGUCUUUUUGGCAAGAUUCAAGCAAUUUUGCAGAUGUUUUUGAUCAAGAUCAUUUCAUUAAAGCUUUGGCUAAUGAUAUAAAAGUAGUUCGGAACCUACCUAAAGAACUUUUGACUGCUCCCCGAGCAGUAAAACAUUUUCGUAGUUGGUCUGGGCUAGACUACUACCAGAAUGACAUAGCAAGCAUGUGGAACAACUUUCAGGUGAUCCGAGCUGCCAAAUCAGAUUCUCGCUUAGCAAAUAAUAAUCUCCCCCCUGACAUUCAGAAGUUACGUUGCCGUGCCUGUUAUGAAGCCCUCCGUUUUUCUCCAAGGAUUGAAGCAAUGGGAAAAUUGCUGGUGGAGAGGAUGAGGAAUUAUGGCCGUUAUAUAGCUUUGCACUUACGAUAUGAAAAAGACAUGCUCGCAUUUAGUGGAUGCUCCCAUGGAUUAUCUCGUGAGGAAACUGAUGAGCUGACAAUGAUUAGGCAAAAUACAACACAUUGGAAAGUGAAGGAUAUUAACGCGACAGAACAAAGAAGUAAAGGGUUUUGUCCCUUGACACCAAAAGAGGUUGGCCUAUUUCUAUCCGGGCUUGGAUUUCCAUCGGAUACUCCCAUAUACGUUGCUGCUGGAGAGAUAUAUGGUGGUGAAUCCCGUAUAGCUGAGUUACGGUCUCGUUAUCCAAUUUUGAUGAACAAGGAGAAAUUAGCAUCUAUAGAAGAACUUGAGCCUUUUAUGAAUCAUGCAUCUCAAAUGGCUGCACUUGAUUAUAUUGUUUCUGUUGAAAGUGAUGUGUUCAUUCCUACAUACUCGGGAAACAUGGCAAGGGCUGUUGAAGGUCAUCGCCGGUACUUGGGUCAUAGGAAAACAAUUCUUCCUGACAGGAAAGCACUUGUUCGCUGGUUCGACAAAGUUGAGCAAGGAUCACUAAAAGAAGGGAAGAACUUGUCAUAUCGAAUAAUUGAAAUUCACAGAAGAAGGCAAGGGUCACCAAGAAAGAGAAAAGGUCCAAUAUCAGGAACAAAGGGCAUGGACAGAUUUCGGUCCGAAGAAGCAUUUUAUGAAAAUCCUUUGCCAGAAUGUUUAUGUCAGGGUCAAGGAACAUCCUUGCAUAUGAAUACUUCUUCUUCUUCCAUCCAAUAGAGAAACCUGUAGAAAUGAUCUCAGAGUUUACAGACACAGAAAAAACUAAGGAUAUUCUGCAUUUUUCACACCAUUUUACUCACUACCAGCUGCAAAUUCUGACAACGCCUUCUGCAGUUCGAAAUGCAGUACUCAAAAGAAGCCUGGUAUAAAUAUGCUAGGCAGAAUUUGAAGGAGAAAUUGUUAGGCACCUCCAGUUUUAUUAGGGAGGUAAAAUGUGUACAUUUAGGAAACUGAGUUUUUGUUUUAAAUUUUUUGAGGGAUUAGGGAUAAUAUCUUUUGCUGCAUUUGCAGUUUUUUUUAUAGGUGGUAAGAAAUGCAGUAAAUUACAUGUAUAGUCUUAUUUGUUACAGAGUAAUUAUUAUUCUUAUUUACAUCUGAUGAAAUAAAAGGUUAUUUUGCUUA